UUCUUGCAUUCUAUCCCAAGUCGUUUUUGUGGCAUUCAACUACAUUGCAAUGGCGAAGCUUAAAGUUGUUAACAUUGUUUUCUUUCUUUUAUUGGGUAUAGGAAUAUGUUCAGCUGCUAGAACACUCCUCACUUAUGAUCAUGUAGGUGUUGGGGGUGAGGUAGGCGCUUAUGGUGCAGGCCAUGGCAUUGGUGGUGGCGCUGGUGGUGGUGUUGCUGGUGGAGGCUAUGCAGGUGGCGGUGGAGGAGGUUCCGGUGGAGGUGGUGGAUAUGGAGNUCACUUCGAAUAUCGAAUGAUUGAACAAAUAAUGUAUCAUGCAUCAAUUGAUUUAGUUUUGGGAGGAAUUCAGGAAACUGAUUCGGGCUUCCAAGUUCCAACUACGAGAUAUAUCAAAAAUAAAGAAUUAAGAAAUAUUUAUACUGUAUACUUAACGAAUAUGGGAGACAGCACAAGCACACUAGCUGCCUCCGAUUCUUGCAUUCUAUCCCAAGUCGAUUUUGUAGCAUUCAACUACAUUGCAAUGGCGAAGCUUAAAGUUGUUAACAUUGUUUUCUUUCUGUUGUUGGGUAUAGGAAUAUGUUCAGCUGCUAGAACACUCCUCACUUAUGAUCAUGUAGGUGUUGGGGGUGAGGUAGGCGCCUAUGGUGCAGGCCAUGGCAUUGGUGGUGGUGUUGCUGCUGGAGGCUAUGCUGGUGGUGGUGGAGGAGGUUCCGGUGGAGGUGGUGGAUAUGGAGCUGCAGGUGACCAUGGUUAUGCCAGCGGAGGUGGCAGUGGAGGCGGAGCCGGUGGUGGUUCUGGCUAUGCAGCUGGAGGAGAGCAUGGUGCUGGAUAUGCUGGAGGAGGUGGUGGUGGAAGCGGGGCAGGAGGUGGCUAUGCUGGUGGAGGACACGAUGCUGGACAUGCAAGUGGUGGUGGUGAAGGUGGUGGUAGCGGAUAUGGUGCUGGAGGAGCACCUGGUGGUGGUUAUGGUGCUGGAGGUGGUGGAGGCAGUGGUGGCGGCGGAGCAGCUGCAGGUGGAGCACAUGGUGGUGGAUAUGCUGAAGGCGCAGGAGGAGGCAGUGGUGGCGGCUAUGGUGCUGGUGGGGCACCAGGAGGUGGAUAUGGUGGUGGAGGUGGGCAUGCAGGUGGUGGCGGUGGUGCUUAUGCUGGAGGAGCAGCAGCUGGUGGAUACGGUAGUGGAGGAGGAGCCGGUGGUGGUGCAGGAGGAGCAUAUGGAGGCGGUGGUGGCGGUAGUGGUGCCGGUGGAGGUGGAGCCUACGCUGGAGGAGGUGAGCAUGCUGGUGGAUAUGGAGGAGGUGCUGGAGGUGGUGAAGGUGGUGGACACGGUGGUGGCUACGCCCCUUGAUUGCUCAUUCUAAUUACCAUUUGAAAUCUAAAAAUUUCCCUCUUCUUACCUACACUACUAAAAAUAAUGUAAUCAAAUUGUGGUGGGAAGAUGAUACAUCGUGAAGGCAAAAGAAUUGCAGCAAAGAAAUGCUGCACCUUAAGUGUAUUAUCGUUUCCUUUAAUAGCAAAAUUAAGGUAUGAUGCUUGCAUUUAAGUACUAGUAUUAAUUAAAGUGGUCAGCAAAUUUCUGUACUCUAUAAGUUGCAUGCAUGCAAUAAUAAGCAAUAGUGGUUUGGGCAGA